AUGUCUGUUCUCACCAUUGACUCUUUUGCGGGUCGCCUUGAUGCCUCUGAGCAGCGACGACUGAUCCCGUACAGGAAUUUGGCCGUUGGAGCUGUCAUGAAUAUCUUUCAGGUCAUUACAUUGGGCCGGCCUAUGGAAGUGGUCAAGACCCAUCGAGGUCGAAUAUCACGCUCGCACCAAGAUCUAUGCUCCCCAACCGUCUGUGGCAUCCUCGGCGGUAUCAGCGGCGGUGUUGCCCAAGCCUAUCCCACUAUGGGCAUGACGACCUGCAUGAAGACCAUGGAAGCGACGAGGUCCAAGAUUAUUUUCAUGCGCAUUCUUCGAGAGAAAGGUAUCCGGGUGGUGAACAAAAGAGUCAAUGCCGUGGCACUGCGGCAGGACACCGGGUGGUCGUCUCGAAUCGGAAUUUCGCGGUUCGCCGAGGAGACUAUCCGGUCGAUGCUGCAAUCGAUGAAGAAAGACCCGUCACGUCCAGCGUCGCCCAAUGUUGCGUCGACUUUUAGGUAUAUCUUCAAUACAUUGGGGAUUAAAGGGUUGUUCCGCGGGGUGGUGCCCCGGAUAGGAGUCGCCGCUUGGGCGACGAUAUGCAUGGUUGGGUUUGGGGACACGCUGAAGGAGUAUGUCAAUAAAAGGUAA